CGGCUCAUUCGGGAAGGAGGAGCAGGGAGCCAGGCCCAGAGCUGUCACCCAGGGCUGGGAGGGAACACAGAGAGCCCGCCUGCCUGCUGAGCUCCCCUUCCUGUCCCCCAAGUGUUCAGCCAUAGCCCAGCUCCUGGGAGCUGGGGACAGGCUGGUGGUGGGAUGCCCUUCUAGGAGAGAGCUGGGCCUGGAGCUCCAGGGCCUCCUGGCUCUUCUUGCUGCCAGGAGUGCCCAGGCCGGAUGAGGCACCUCCCCACAGCGCGGGUCCCAGCAGCAGUGGCCUGAGGGAGCCCCUGAGCAGCGAGGGCCCCGCCCGACCACCUUCCCUUUGGCCGACUCCCGCCUCAGGCGGCCCCCUCCCUGGCAUGCUGCUGGUGCCCAAGGCUCAGGGGCUCGUGGAGAUGCUACAGACCAUCUAUGAGACGGAAUCCUGUUUCUCAGCAGAUGGGAUGUCAGCCCGGGAACCAUCCUUGGAAAUCCUGCCUCGGACCCCUCUACACGGCAUCCCUGUGGCAGUGGAGGUGAAGCCGGUGCUGCCAGGAGCCAUGCCCAGCUCCAUGGGGGGCGGGGGUGGAGGCAGCCCCAGCCCUGUGGAGCUGCGGGGGGCUCUGGCAGGCCCUGUGGACCCCGCGCUGCGGGAGCAGCAACUGCAGCAGGAGCUCCUGGCACUCAAGCAGCAGCAGCAGCUGCAAAAGCAGCUCCUGUUUGCAGAGUUCCAGAAACAGCAUGACCACCUGACGCGGCAGCAUGAGGUCCAGCUGCAGAAGCACCUCAAGCAGCAGCAGGAGAUGCUGGCAGCCAAGAGGCAGCAGGAGCUGGAGCAGCAGCGGCAGCGGGAGCAGCAGCGGCAGGAGGAGCUGGAGAAGCAGCGGCUGGAGCAGCAGCUGCUUAUCCUGCGGAACAAGGAGAAGAGCAAAGAGAGUGCCAUCGCCAGCACUGAGGUGAAGCUGAGGCUCCAGGAAUUCCUCCUGUCGAAGUCAAAGGAGCCCACGCCAGGCGGCCUCAACCAUUCCCUCCCACAGCAUCCCAAAUGCUGGGGAGCCCACCAUGCUUCUUUGGACCAGAGUUCCCCUCCCCAGAGUGGCCCCCCUGGGACACCUCCCUCCUACAAACUGCCUUUGCUUGGGCCCUAUGACAGCCGCGAUGACUUCCCCCUCCGCAAAACAGCCUCUGAACCCAACUUGAAAGUGCGUUCAAGGCUAAAGCAGAAGGUGGCUGAGCGGAGAAGCAGUCCCCUCCUGCGGCGCAAGGAUGGAACCGUCAUUAGCACCUUUAAGAAGAGAGCUGUUGAGAUCACAGGUGCCGGACCUGGGGUUUCGUCAGUGUGUAACAGCGCGCCAGGCUCUGGCCCCAGCUCUCCCAACAGCUCCCACAGCACCAUCGCUGAGAACGGCUUUACUGGCUCAGUCCCCAACAUCCCCACCGAGAUGCUCCCCCAGCACCGGGCCCUCCCUCUGGACAGCUCCCCCAACCAGUUCAGCCUCUACACGUCUCCCUCUCUGCCCAACAUCUCCCUAGGGCUACAGGCCACGGUCACUGUCACCAACUCGCACCUCACCGCCUCCCCGAAGCUGUCAACGCAGCAGGAGGCCGAGAGGCAGGCCCUCCAGUCCCUGCGGCAGGGUGGUGCACUGACGGGCAAGUUCAUGAGCACAUCGUCCAUCCCUGGCUGCCUGCUGGGCGUGGCACUGGAGGGCGAUUCGAGUCCCCACGGGCAUGCCUCUCUGCUGCAGCACGUGCUAUUGCUGGAGCAGGCCCGGCAACAGAGCACCCUCAUCGCUGUGCCACUCCAUGGGCAGUCCCCACUGGUGACAGGUGAACGAGUGGCCACCAGCAUGCGGACAGUGGGCAAGCUCCCAAGGCACCGACCCCUUAGCCGCACUCAGUCCUCACCGCUACCCCAGAGCCCCCAGGCCCUGCAGCAGCUGGUCAUGCAGCAACAGCACCAGCAGUUCCUGGAAAAGCAGAAGCAGCAGCAGCUACAGCUGGGCAAGAUCCUCACCAAGACUGGGGAGCUGCCACGACAGCCCACCACCCACCCCGAGGAGACAGAAGAGGAGCUGACAGAGCAGCAGGAGGCCUUGCUGGGGGAGGGAGCCCUGACCAUACCCAGAGAAGGCUCCACAGAGAGUGAGAGCACGCAGGAAGACCUGGAGGAGGAAGAAGGGGAGGAGGAGGAAGAGGAGGAGGAGGAGGAGGACUGCAUCCAGGUCAAGGAUGAGGAGGGCGAGAGUGGUGCUGAGGAGGGGCCUGACUUGGAGGAGUCCAGUGCUGGUUACAAAAAGGUGUUCUCAGAUACCCAGCAGCUGCAGCCACUGCAGGUGUACCAGGCACCCCUCAGCCUGUCCACUGUGCCCCACCAGGCCCUGGGCCGAACCCAGUCCUCACCUGCUGCUCCUGGGGGCAUGAAGAGCCCCCCAGACCAGCCCACCAAGCACCUCUUCACCACAGGUGUGGUUUACGACACCUUCAUGCUGAAGCACCAGUGCAUGUGCGGGAACACACACGUGCACCCCGAGCACGCCGGCCGGAUCCAGAGCAUCUGGUCCCGGCUGCAGGAGACGGGCCUGCUUAGCAAAUGUGAGCGGAUCCGGGGCCGCAAAGCCACGCUAGAUGAGAUUCAGACGGUGCACUCCGAAUACCACACUCUGCUCUAUGGGACCAGCCCCCUCAACCGACAGAAGCUGGACAGCAAGAAAUUGCUUGGCCCCAUAAGCCAGAAGAUGUACGCCAUGCUGCCUUGUGGGGGCAUUGGGGUGGACAGUGACACUGUAUGGAAUGAGAUGCACUCCUCCAGUGCCGUACGCAUGGCAGUGGGCUGCCUGGUGGAGCUGGCUUUCAAGGUGGCGGCUGGAGAACUCAAGAAUGGAUUUGCCAUCAUCCGGCCCCCAGGACACCACGCCGAGGAAUCCACAGCCAUGGGAUUCUGCUUCUUCAACUCUGUAGCCAUCACAACCAAACUCCUGCAGCAGAAGCUAAACGUGGGCAAGGUUCUCAUCGUAGACUGGGUGCCAGAGCUGGAGCUGGGCCUGAUGGCUUGCCUUACAUCCUCCUGCUGGAGCAUUAGUCCAACCCUCCAUUCCCAUGGGACUCCCUCCUCACUGGGAGAAGCUCAAAAGUGGUUUUAGUCCCUGGUCUAUCUUGGCCCCACCUUGCAGCCUCAAGCAACUGAAGGGACUCCCUACCUUGAAGAGUAGAGACAGCUACUGCCAUUGCUAGAACCACUCUCGACUGGGGGCUGACCAUGUGUCAGGACACAUGGUGCUACUGAUGGCCACCUUGCAAAUAAGAAUUAAGAUGUCUCUUACUAUAAAUGGAGACACUGAGCAGUUGGGUGACUUACUCAACGAAGGUCGCUUAGCUUGGGGCGUUGGCACUGGGUUUCAGUUUGGGCGUUUUGGCCCCAGCGCUUCUCAAACCUUGCCUCUCAUGGCAGGGGGAGAGGCAUCCACCACUCCCUGUGAGCUAGGGAAGUAGAAGCCAGGAACAAUCCUCAUCAAGGAUGAAAUCUCUUUGAAAUCCAACUUUGGCUUAAAAAGUCAUACUAAUGUGGGAUUUUUCUUCAGAAUGUAUCGGUUUUCAAUUCCUUACUAGCCUUAACGUUGCCCUCCACACUGAGUAUAGAAUGGGCUCUGGUAGUGUAUCACCACAUUCUCGCCAUGGCUGUGUAUUUCCUGCAUGGCACCAUGUCCCGGCCCGCAGACCCUGAUUAGAGAAGUGGGGUCAUCACUAUUAUGAACAGAACACAGAUGCCCUGGAGCUAAUGGUGGGCUGCACCCUCAGGGUUCACCAUAGGACAAGUGGAUUUUGACCUUUGGGUCAGAGCCUGGGCCAUUUUCCUGAUGCUUCCACUCCUCCU